AUGGCCACUUCAGAGCUGAGCUGCCAGGUGUCCGAGGAGAACUGUGAGCGCCGAGAGGCCUUCUGGGCCGAGUGGAAGGAUCUGACGCUGUCCACGCGGCCGGAGGAGGGUUGCUCUCUGCACGAGGAGGAUGCCGAGCGGCGUGAGACCUACCACCAACAGGGGCAGUGCCAGGCGCUGGUGCAGCGAUCCCCCUGGCUGGUGAUGCGAAUGGGCAUCCUAGGCCGUGGCCUGCAGGAGUACCAGCUGCCCUACCAGCGGGUGCUGCCGCUGCCCAUCUUCACCCCUGCCAAAGUGGGCGCCGCCAAGGAGGAGCGCGAGGAGACCCCCAUCCAGCUGCGGGAGCUGCUGGCGCUGGAAACAGCCCUGGGUGGCCAGUGUCUGGACCGCCAGGACGUGGCCGAGAUCACCAAGCAGCUGCCCCCUGUGGUGCCUGUCAGCAAGCCUGGCGCCCUUCGUCGCUCCCUGUCUCGUUCCAUGUCCCAGGAAGCACAGAGAGGCUGAGAGGGACGGUGACUCGGGCUCCACUGUGCCUGCCCUGGACUGGGCCCUUCCUGGCUAGGACCACGGAGGGGAGCUGCUGGCCAUGGAUGCUUUGUAGUUUGCCCAGAGUUGGGGGCUAGGGGAGGAGGGAGCCAGAGGCCGGGAUGCCUGGGUCUCCUGAGUUUCCAAGGGGAAGGGAGCAAAGACAGCGGGCACUCAGGGUGGAGAGCUGGGGGCCAGCCCAGCCAAGCACCCCCAGCCCUAGGAGGGAGGACAAAAGGUACGGGUGAGGGCAAGAGGCCCCUAAGAAGGGUGGGCCCCGAACAGAUUUCAGCUUCGGAGAACAAUGAGAAAAAAGUGAGAGAGGAUCUGGAAUGCGCUGGGAAGGAGGCUUGGAGAAGACCCGAGGGAGGGGGACGUGAGGAGGGCAGAGGCCAAAUGGAGCCCCCAGCACCCUCUGUUAGCGCUGCAAUAAAUGCUCAGUCACCUGC